UCCCGCCCUACCGCCCGUGCAGAGAAGGAGGUGGCGGAGCCCGAGGAGAGGAUGGUGAACGGCAAACCAAAGAAAGUGCGCAAACCCCGCACUAUUUAUUCCAGCUUUCAGCUGGCGGCGUUGCAGAGGAGGUUUCAGAAGACCCAGUACCUGGCCCUGCCCGAGCGGGCCGAGCUCGCCGCCUCCCUGGGGCUCACNNUUUCCCAGGUGAAAAUUUGGUUUCAGAAUAAAAGGUCCAAGAUCAAGAAGAUCAUGAAGAACGGGGAGAUGCCCCCCGAGCACAGCCCCAGCUCCAGCGACCCCAUGGCCUGCAAUUCCCCGCAGUCGCCGGCGGUUUGGGAACCCCAGGGCUCGUCCCGCACCCUCAGCCACCCUGCCCACGCACACCCGCACCCGCCCACCUCCAACCCGGCCCCCGCAUCCAGCUACCUGGAGAGCUCGGCAUCCUGGUACCCCGCUGCCUCCUCCAUCAACUCCCACCUCCAGCCCCACGGCUCCCUACAGCACCCGUUAGCGCUGGCCUCUGGGACGAUUUAUUAAGAGCCUGACCCUUUAUUAUUAUUAUUAUUAUUAUUUUAUUUUAUUUUUUUUAAAAUUUUUUUUGUUUCGUUGUUGUCGUUGCUCCUUGGACUCCUGUGUUUUACUGUUAAGGAAUAAUACCGAAAGGAAUGCGUACGGGGGAUUUUUAAAAA